AGCUCGAGCUCGCUCGGCAUUAGGCGAAGAGGGGGGGACAGAGCGAGCAGCUGGUGUGGACGCUGGCCGGAUGGUUAAAUCUAACCUACAGACGAUUUUGAAUAGUCAUUGUUUUGUUAGAGAAAAAGAGAGAAACUUAACCGAGAUGCCUGUUAUUGAGCAAUCCAGUAAUAAACCUGAAAGUGAAAGUAUCUCCAGUCCCAGGAGGUGCUCCUGCUGUUGCAGUAACCCGUGUCCGGGGCCUCUGUGGUGCUCCGAUGCCCCUCUCCCACCCCUGAAGAUCCCAGGUGGGCGAGGGAAUGACCAGCGGGAUCGCAAUCUUUCAGCUAAGCUAUUCUAUUCUGAUACUCAUUUGUUGGUUCUUGAGGAGCCCCCCCCUGCAAACAGUAGAGUGCGCUUCUUGCUUUUCGAGCCCCGUCGCUCUGAAGGCAAGCACUGUGUCUGGAGGGCGGCGCUGAAAGGAGGGAAUCUUUAUGUGGAGAUCCCCCCUGGAGCUUUGCCCGAGGGCAGCAAAGACAGUUUCGCCCUUCUGCUGGAAUUUGCUGAAGAGCAGCUGCAGGUUGAUCACGUGUUCAUCUGUUUCCACAAGAACCGUGAAGAUAGAGCUCCCCUGCUCCGUACGUUCAGUUUCCUGGGCUUUGAGAUUGUGAGACCGGGUCAUCCCCUCGUCCCCUCCCGCCCUGACGCUUUCUUCAUGGCUUACAGCAUCGAGCGAGACUCCUCUGAUGAUGAUUAAAAGAGGCUGAGCAGUAAAACAAAAUGUUGCUUCUUAUUCCAAUCCAUACCCACACAUCUUUAUCAUUUCUUGAAAAGGUAUAUAUUAUCCGAGUUAAGUACAGUUGAGGUUUCCUGUCAGAGAUUUCUUUGUGUUUUACCUUUACCUAUCAUGUGCUGUGUUUCAGUGAUAAUUGCACUAGGGUUAAGAUGUUAACAUACCAGGAAUGUAGAGCAAACGCCCUUAUUAUAUCCGGGCACUGUGUCCUCACCACUGUAUUACUCCCCAUGAUGUGUAGUGAUGUCCUCUGAUACCCCCCCCCCCCCUCCCCCCACAGGUGAUCAUCUCCACAGUGUGAUAUUUAUGAUAAAUCUAAAUUCAUCUUACUUAUGUAAGUAGGUAUGGUUUGCAUAGUAAUUAUCAUUUGAUUUUCCUGUUUUUAUUAAAUUUGUAAUGUGUGCAUGAUUUUCAAUUGUUGCUUUGAUUGACUUGAUAGAAAUCUGCAUGUUGUAACUGUACUAAAUAAAAGAGCUCACCUUA